AAAAACUAAUGAGGGAAAUUGCCAUUUCACUACGAUACUAUAAAACCACAGCCCGGCAUCGAACAAAGAACAUUUCUACUCAAACGAAACUGGCGAACAGGAAAAAUCUAAUUGAAUUCUGCCGGGGCCCGUUAGCUUACAUUUUUAAUUGUUCCCGAAGGCUCUCCAUCAUUAACCAGCAGUAAUAGACCAGUAAAGAGAACCCUCCGUUUCAUUUAAAGUCCUCUCAGUGACCCAAGACAAAACAAAUAGCAAUAUAAAAAAGAAAAUUUCCAGGAAGCAUUCAAGUAAAACAAUAUUGAACAACAUAAUCCAAUGAACAGGCUUCACACGAAUUUCUUUCAGUAAUUUUGUUGGACUUGUGUAAUGAUGUGCCUCUGCUACACGGCGUGACGUAACCGUGAUAUUUUCUACAAAUCUACUGCAAUGGAAAAAAUACUCAUCUUCACGACUUUCCUAUCGCUCGCUGUUGUAGUGAACAGCUUCAAAACAAAGUUUUUCUCGCAAAGCUUGGACUCGGAACCUCCGGUCUCGAUCCUGUACGCGCGUGACAAGAAAAGUGAUAAAGUAACAGAUGAUUGCUUAACAGAAAUGUACCCACGGAACUUGUAUAAGUAUCCUCUGCGUAUCGAUAGGAAUGAUAUACCCUGUAUAAUACAUUGUGUGCUCAAAAAAUUCGGUAUAAUGACGAACGAUGGUUACAUAAACAUAAAGAAUUACUACAGGAGAGUGCAGGCUAUACACAGGUACGAUCCGAGGAUCUUGAUAUCGGAUGUCGGAGAGACCUGUGCUCAGAACAUCAACGGAAUGAAUCUCGACCACGAUGUGUGUAAGAAAGCGAAGGUCUUUAACGACUGCACGCAACUGUACGCAGUGUCCUACAAAGACCCCGACGAAUGGAAAUAGCCUGUAGAAUACUGUAGAAACAUAUUUUUACAAUUUUUUAUUUACAAGCUUAUUAAUAAAACCGAUAACAUCUA